AACAAAAGCCAAUCUACAUACAUAAAUAACAAUGGCCGGUCAUCUAAAGAAUACCGAAUAUCCACAUGAAUUCCCGGCCAUCACGAAAUGCGAAACGUAUGGCCGGGAAAACCAAACUGUGGUAUCCGACCUAGACGGAACGUUACUACGGGGACGUAGUUCAUUCCCUUAUUUUGCCCUCGUCGCAUUUGAAGUUGGAGGAAUAUUAAGACUCCUUUUUUUACUCCUAUUAUCUCCAAUAGCCGGGAUUCUAUAUUACUUCCUUUCCGAGUCAGCUGGUAUUCGUGUUUUAAUAUUCGCGACUUUUGCGGGAUUAAAAGUUUGUGAUAUCGAAUCCGUGGCACGAGCCGUGUUGCCAAAGUUCUACGCGAGUGACUUGCACCCCGAGACGUGGCGCGUGUUCUCAGCUUGUGGGAAGCGGUAUGUGCUUACCGCGAACCCGAGUGUGAUGGUGGAACCGUUUUUGAAAGAGUAUUUGGGUGCGGACUCGGUUUUGGGUACCGAGAUUUGUACUUGGAGAGGACGGGCUACCGGGCUUGUAAAGCGGCCCGGAGUGCUUGUAGGAAGUAACAAGGCUGAUGCGCUUUUGAAGGCUUUUGAAAAUGAAUCUUUACCCGAGUUGGCUCUUGGUGACCGGAAAACCGACUAUCCAUACAUGCAAUUAUGCAAGGAAGCUUACAUAGUACCAGCUGCAACCAAAGACCUUCAAGCAGUAACCGUAGACAAGCUACCGAAACCGGUGGUGUUCCACGACGGCCGGCUAGUCCACAAACUAACCCCGUUCACCGCCUUGAUCACGAUCCUUUGGAUCCCGGUCGGGUUUCUUCUUGCAUGCCUACGUAUCUUAGCCGGUUGCCUUCUUCCAAUGUCUUUAGUAUACUACGCCUUUUGGGCACUCGGUGUACGUGUCUAUAUCAAAGGAACACCACCCCCGCCAGCCAAAAAGUCAACCGGUCAAACCGGGGUUCUUUUCAUUUGUUCCCAUAGAUCUCUACUUGACCCCAUCUUUCUCUCGACCGCCCUUGGUCGUCCUAUCCCUGCGGUCACCUAUUCGUUAUCAAGACUUUCGGAGAUCAUCUCCCCUAUCAAAACAGUUAGACUCAGUAGAGACCGAACCACGGAUGCUAACAUGAUCAAGAAGCUUCUAGAAGAAGGUGAUUUGGUUAUAUGCCCAGAAGGAACCACAUGUAGAGAACCUUUUUUGCUAAGGUUUUCGGCUUUGUUUGCUGAGCUUACCGACGAAUUGGCUCCGGUCGCGAUGUCAAAUAAGAUGAGUAUGUUUCAUGGGACAACUGCAAGAGGGUGGAAAGGAAUGGACCCUUUUUAUUUCUUUAUGAACCCUAGUCCGGCUUACGAAGUUAACUUCUUGAACAAGUUACCUUAUGAAUUAACUUGUGCAAAUGGGAAAUCAAGUCAUGAUGUCGCGAACUAUAUUCAACGGAUGAUCGCGUCAACUUUGUCAUACGAAUGCACGAAUUUUACGAGGAAGGAUAAGUAUAAGAUGUUGGCAGGAAAUGAUGGCACGGUUGGAACCGGAAAACCGAAAGUUGUAUGAAGGAAUUGAAGAUCAUAUAUAUAUGGCCGGGGUGUUAUUAGCUAGAAUUGUGGAAAUGGUUUAAUUGAUAGUGAUGUAUGUUGUACCAAAUUAGUUAAAUGAAACUAUGUAUCAAUUCAAUUGUUUGGUAGAUCGAUAUAUAAUUACUAUAAUAGGAUUGUGUAAAA